GAAAAUAAUUUGAAGCUUAUUGUUGUUCUGCUCCUGGUUGAGUACUUGGCGUCAAGUCUCUUUUAGUUGUAUAAAAUUCCUAAAACUUCGCCUGAUGAAGAAAACUGGCUAUUCCUAAUUGCUACUUAUUUUACCAGACAAUUCUUAUUCUGCGACUCACAAAAUUCAUCUCCUGAAAGUGAAAGGUGCUGAUACUCAUCCCCAUGUUGAAAAUUGGGACAGACACCAUGCUUUCGAGAUCAUAGGAAAAUUUGGCACAUAUGAUGAGGCUAGAUUGAAUCUUCCCUGGGUAGAAUCUGGUUUGCCCAUCUUGGAUGAUACAAACACAGGAAGAGGACAACGAUAAAGGAAGAUGAAGAAGAUUACCCUGCCAGGGGAAUGCACAACAGAUUUUGAUAGUGAAAAUGAAGUUGUCUCUAAACCCGCUCCACAAUCAGUAGUGAAGGCCACUAAGCAUUCCAAGAAGUCUCCUAAAAACACGUCAAGAAAACCACAAUCAUCUUCAACACCUAUUUUAAAACCACCAGCAGGUCUGCAGAUCAACAAAAAUACAAGCAACGUUACUGAAAUACCAGCAAAGCAAACAGUGGACACCGGAAACAUCAUCUGCUGCAGAACAUCACGAACCUCAGAAAACGAUGAUUCCUUUGGAACCCAAGACUAUAAACCAUGCAACCACAACCCAAUUAUUCUGGAUAUUACAACUUGGGAAUGCCACCAUUUUGGGAGCAUAAUUCGAAUCAUUCGAAUUCUUUUAACCAAAGUUGUACACCACCUCCUUCUUGGUAUGAUUUUCCCAGCCAGCCUAUGGGUUAUGUCUCAAGCAGUGGCCAUUCAUCUCAGUUUGUUGCUCAAACUUAUGGAAUGCCGUCAACCUCUGUUCAGGGAAUGCGUUACUCAACGCCCGCACCAUCCCCGUCCACUGCUCAUAAAUUUCCCGUCAGUGCACCUAUAAUCGCUCAGUCAGUGCACCAAAGAUAUCAACAUCAAGGCAUGUCGUCAACCUCUGUUCACCAUCUCCGUCCACUGUACAUAAAUUACCCGGAAGUGCACCUAUCAUUCCUAAGUCAGCGCACCAAAGUAUGUCGUCAUCAAUGUCGUUAACCUCUGUUCAGGAAAUCCGUUACCCCAUCCCCGUCCCGUCAUUCGUUCUGACAUGAAUUUCCCGUCAGUAAUUGUAACACUUGUGUUUAUAAAAAAAAGAAAUAAAGUGUUUUG